GGGUGGUCUGACACCGGAAGCUCCGUACAUAAAUCGGUCAUUUCCUCCUGUCUUCGUCGUCUUCUUUUAAAACCAUCUCUGAGAACGAAGUGGAUUCUAUCACCUUUUUCUGGACACAUGAAACACAUUUUACGGUUGGUGUUUCCCGUCAUGGCCAACGGAAGUGUCCUUUAGUACCUUGGUCUGACUGCAGCCACCAUGAGGUGACGGUUGUGACAUCUUGUGCUUUACCUCACUGGGACACAUGGCAAGGAUCACGUUGUCCUGCCUGCCAGCCUCCUGGUACUGCAGCGUGUCCUUGCUGUCUCUGAACUGUGCUACCAAGCAGAGGCUUCUCUUUCUGGUCCUAUUGUUCAUCACCUCCAUUCUCCUGCUGGCAACCUACCAGAGGCAGCUGUGGGGCACCCAGCGCCGGCCAGGGGCCCGAGUCAACAAAUAUUUCUCCAUUGUGGAGUCCAUGGAAGCCACUGAUAUCCUCAACUCUGCUCUGAAUUAUGGGAUUGUGGUAGACUGCGGCAGCAGUGGCUCCAGGGUUUUUGUGUACUAUUGGCCCCCGCAUAAUGGGAACCCCCACACCCUGCUGGACAUCAGACAGAUGAGGGACAGUGACCGUAAACCUGUUGUCAAAAAGAUCAAACCUGGUAUUUCCACUCUGGCGAACACACCCACUCAGGCCAGUGACUACCUGGAGCCUCUCCUCCGCUUUGCUGCUGCUCACGUCCCAACAAGCAAACAUAAAGAGACGCCGCUUUACAUCCUGUGUACCGCUGGCAUGCGGCUGCUGCCUGAGAGCCAGCAAACAGCCAUCUUGGAGGACCUGGUCAUGGAUGUUCCUCUGGAGUUUGAUUUCCUGUUUUCCCGUUCACACGCUGAGGUCAUCUCUGGGAAACAGGAAGGAGUGUAUGCAUGGAUUGGCAUUAAUUUUGUCCUAGGUCGCUUUGAUCAUCCUGAUGAGGAGGAUGCCACAGUUGAGGUAACAACUGGGUCAGAAAAUCAGCCGCCAAUAAGCAGGCGCCGCACAGUGGGCAUCAUGGAUAUGGGCGGAGCCUCCCUUCAGAUAGCUUAUGAGGUCCCCAGUGCCAUCACCUUCAGCUCGCCACAAGAAGAGGAGGCAGGAAAGAGCGUUCUCGCAGAGUUCAACCUUGGCUGCGAUGUCGAACAAACACAGCAUGUUUACCGAGUGUACGUCACCACAUUCCUGGGCUUCGGGGGAAACAUGGCCCGGCAGCGCUACGAGGACCAGCUGGUGAACAGCACACUUGCCAAAAACGGGUUUCUGACCACAGAGACGGGUCUGAUUGAGGAAAAGCCCUACCUGGAUCCCUGUCUCCCAGUCAGCAUGUCUGACACAAUCACCCGGGGUAACCACACGUUGUACCUGAGGGGUCAGGGUGACUGGAGUCGGUGUCAGGAGGCUGUACGACCCUUCCUGGGCCUCCACAACGGCACCAUGUCUCCACAAGGCAUAUACCAGGCUCCCAUCAACUUCAGCAACAGUGAGUUCUACGGCUUCUCGGAGUUCUACUACUGCAUGGAGGACGUGCUGAGGAUAGGAGGACAGUACAGCAGUGAUAAAUACGCUCAAGCUGCAAAGGACUACUGCACCACUAAGUGGUCAACCCUGAAACAGCGUCUGGACAAUCAGCUUUUCUCUCAGCAGGCUGACAUCAGCAGGCUCAAGUAUCAGUGCUUCAAGUCGGCGUGGAUGUAUGAAGUUCUGCACUCUGGCUUCCGUUUUCCCUCCAACUACCCAAGUCUGAAAACAGCCCAACUGGUUUACGACAAGGAGGUGCAGUGGACUCUGGGGGCCAUCCUGUUCAAAACCCGCUUCCUGCCUCUCAGGGAUCUGCAGCAGGAGACGCUGCGGCAGGGCCACCCCGGCUGGCUGCGACCCUCUUUUGUCUACAACCACCACCUGUUCUCCCUCUGCCUCUUGGUGGUGGUUCUGGCCAUCCUGCUCUACAUCCUGCGCCUGCGGAGGAUCCACCAGCGGGAGCUGCGGCAGGCCGAGGCGCUGGAUCUCCUCUGGGCUGAAGAGGGCGAGGCGCUGCUCCCCUGAGAGACACUGCACCGGCAGGAGGCUCCACACUGCCUGCUGGAUGUCCUCCAACGUGCUGAACUCAAACUGUUUCAGCUAGCACAACUGAAGAAUGUGAGUGUCGAGGAAAUGAUGGGAAUUCCACAGCAGGAACAGCUGGAGAGUAUUGAACUGAGAGGAUCCAAAGCCUAAUAAGCCAGGAGACCAAAGUUAUCUGUAAAUUCAAUUUUCUUUUACACGCAGAGUGCAACAAAUGUACAGGUCCACUUACUUCUCCUCCCGGCAGCCCUGGAUGGAGAGAAUCACCCUGUACGACUUCAUCAAACUCAGAUUUGAUUAUCUGAUUUCUGAUCCCCCACAUUCGUUUCACAGACUCUCUGUAGGAGAGACCUAUCAACUCCUGCAUUAACGGACCUCUUUGGUCAGAAGUUUACAUCCACCCAUCAGCAUGAAUGUCAUUGAUGUAAAGCUUUUAAUGAUGAAUUUGAAUCUCCAAUAGUUCUGGGUUGUCUGAUCAUAAAACACGGCAACUCAGGGAUUUUUUUAAAACCAUGUGAAAUCAAGUGCACAUGUUUGAAUUUUCGUUUUCUCUAAUUCAAACAGAAUGUAAAGUGUACAACACACACACCCCACUGAUACUUGGUUAAAUAUUCCGUAGCAAUAUGCAGAGGAGCCACAGGCUCUUUGUAUUCAUCACCAAGCUUCUGGUAUAAUCCUGGCUGGACGUUUGAUCCCUCUUCUGGGUAAAGAUGGAAGAACUGCUUGGUCUCCUGGUCUCUCCAGGCUCAGCUAUUAAUGAUGAAUUUUCUUUAGAGUUGAUGUUAAAGCAGUUCCUGGAACAGCCCAGGAAUCACCAUUGUUUAACUGGACCAUAAACUGGUGCUGACUUAAAAGAAUCCCCGCUCCACAAAUCUUCUGGGCAAAGGUUGUUUUGUCAGAGGAAGCAAAAAUAGUUUUGGAAAGAAGAAAAGAAUCAAUCAAAGAUGCUACUGACUCACAUCUACAAUAAAUGUAUUUGGAGGAUUCAAGGUAAGAACAGUGUACCCUCUGUCACGCAUGGUGGUGGCACCAUCAUACUGUGGGUGUGUUUUGGUACUGGUGCAUUAGAGAACGUGGACCAAAUAAUGAAGGAGGACUUUGUCCAAUUUCUUCAACAGCUACAUGGUUGAAGUGUGGACAUAAAUAAGAUAACCAACCAAUCUAAUAAGUUCUACCAUUUCUAAGAAGAGAGGUCCAAUAUCCAGCCAGAAUCAGAACUUUGUGGAUGGUUACUAGCAGUGUGUGGUUUCUCAAAUUACAAAGGGACAUUUAACCAGUUAGUCUGGGUGUGCCUAUAUAUCGCAACCUGUUUGGAGCAGAAAAGAAAUGACGUUAAAUUCAAACUUGUAGCGAUCCCUGAAGAUUUGUUGUAUUAUCAGAAAAAGAGCAGCUAAAACAAAUCAUUAAAUGUCCAAAAUGAACCACUUUCAUGUCGGUAAUGAGUGUAUGUAAACUUCUGACUUCAACUGCAGCUAUACCACAGGUCAUUUCAACAUGACCCACAGGAGAAGGAACAGAGCUGCACCAGAUUUAGCGAGGACUCUUCCAUCAACGUUGGUUAAAACCUUUUUAUUAUAUCAUUGUUUUAAUCCAUCAUUCCUUCAAUGCAACGGGUUGAUCCAGACAUUCUUCUAACACCAAAUAUGAAGCAGCUGCCGUCGUCUGGAACCUGAGUUUAAUUCCAUCUAAUCCUCAGUCCACUGGUGACAGAACAUCUGAUGAGGCUUUGGAAAUAGAAAUCAGAUUUCCUCAAAAGCAAACCUGUAGGAAGAUGUCAGCUUCAAAAUGACCUCUGAUACUUGAAUAGUACUGUUGUCCUUCCAAGAUCCUCUUCCUCCUCCUGCUGCUGCUGCUCCUGCAUUUCCUUCCGAACAAAGUUUGACUCUAGAGAAGCAUUUCAGCACAGAAAGAAGAUCUGAGUUUCUGGAGACAGAACAAAGCCCUGGAGGCCUGAUUUACUUGGGUUAAACUGCUAAUAUCGUACCUGCAGUAGAGAACUGUCUGAACCUAGUGGCUGGUCCGAUUGGGCUAAGACCAAAACUGACCUCUACCAUCUUUAAAUAACUCAAGCAUAUGGCGAAGGUUUAUGAACACACGCUGAUCUGACCCUUGAAACUGUCAUGUUUGUAUUGGAGGUUAUCCGCCCAGACGUUUGUAUGAGAAAUGGAGGUAGGUGUGUGACAAAUGAUCUUCCAGCGAACAGAACAUUUAAUUUACAGUUUCCUGUCUGAUUUAAAAAAAACGAAACUAAAGUGGUAGAAAAAGCAAACAUAAUCCUGCAGCCGUGUUCAUUGGUAUAUUAUUGCUUUUUACACUACCUCACCUUUCUGUCAGUUACUCCCUAACUAGAACUGCUUACAUGUUUUCUCCUCUGCGUUUCACUCAGGUAGAUCACUGAUGCUGCACCGCAUCAUGCCGUUACUUCCUGUGCAAAUAAUCAUACAUUUAUCUGUUGAUAAUCUUCCAAUGCAAACAUGACGAUGAUUUAAAGGUUCGUAAAACAGGAUCUGCCUGGGUCUGAGUAAUUGUUAGCUUUAGCUAAAUGAAGACACUAACAGGGUUGUCUAUUGCAGGUAAGAUGUUAGAAAGUGUUUAUAACUUUUCAACAGAACUUCAGUUAAAUAAUCCAGAACCAUCCGUUUAAGCAGAAGUGUUGCGUAGGGAACGUGUGUCUGUGGUACAACAGGAACCAGAUUCCAACCUUGUUUUUUGUUUUUAAGGUAAACCAGCCUUACCCUCAGGAACCAGUCUUCUCCUCCAGCCUUCAUAUGGACUGCAUUUUAGUUGUGUACAGUGAAGCUGGUGUUUUGGUAUUCUGUGAGCAUUUCUGUUCUCGUCAUGUGAUCUAAACAUUAGGAACGCUGGAAGAAAGUUCCUGAGAAGUUCUGUAAUGUAUUGGUCUCAGAAACAUGAGGCAUGAUUUCUCCAGGUGAUGAUCUUGUUUCAACCAUUUUGUUCUCUGGUUCCAAAGAGGACAGCUAGAAACAGAAAGUGUUCUUUACAUGCAGGUUCUGCGUGUUCUAGUCAGGCUGUCAGUGUAUUGUUUUUUUUUUUUUUAAGGUUCUCUUUCAUGUCCAACAUCAUCCUGAUGGGGAUUUUAGGAUUUCUCUGCUUCUGUUGUACCUCCUGCUAAAGGACCAUUCUUUUUCUCAGCUGGGCAUUGUGCAAUUUUAGACUGUAAUUAACUGAAAAGAGAAAGUUUUUAACCCAAAUGUGAACUGAAACAUUUCCACUCCAAUAAAAAGAACCAAAAAUGGUA